GAAAAGUCAAAGCUCAAAGCCAGAGUACCUAGGUACCUAUUUUGAUUUUAUUUUGUUUCAUCAGCAAACAAUAGAUUGAUCUAAGAUCUGAAAUGGAUGAAUUGAAUAAUUAUCUCAAUGAAAUAGUCUGUGUGAUUUGUCUCGCAAGUGAUCGUGAGUUAAAUCUUAUUCAGGACAUUCCACAAAUUCAAGAAUUAUUGCCUCAUUUACAAUUAAAUAUAAAUAAAAACAAGUUAUGUUGGGAAUGUGCUUCUACAGUGAAGAAGUUUGUCAAGUUCAGAAAAAAAGCAUUGCAGGCCCAACAAAUGUUUACCAGGUUCUUGGAAGGUCACAUGACUUCUAUCAAGUCAAUCUCAAACUUGAAAUGGGAACUAAUGGUUGAUGGUGUCAAAAUAGUCACCGAAGACCAAUCGAGCCGAAUACAGUUUAAAAAUGAUGAUAGUGAUGAAGUAUUGAACGAGAAUGAUGAUUAUGAACAAAAUCAUGUCAACAACAUAUACUAUGAAGAGAUAGAGUAUCAAGAUUUAGAUGUUGAUGAAGAAUUAUCAUGUAAUGAACUCUAUGGUGAAGAUCGUUUAAAUGUAGCCUUGGGAACUAAGCCUUAUCUGAUUGAAAGCAAUUCAAUGUAUAAGACUGAUGAUGCACACAAAAAUAAAAAUAAAGAUGAACUUGAUGAAUUUGAACAAGUGCGUCCGAUGUCUGGUCACAAUGAUGAAGAUAAUAAUGAAUUAAUACCUUACCAGUACAAUAAAGCUUUUGAUAUACCGAAACGUAAAGUAUUGGAACGCUGUAAAGUUUCUAGAAAGAGAAUAAGCAUAGAGGAGUUGCAACAGAUGUUGGAAGAGGAGAGGGAGAACAAUAUUUAUAAGAACGCUUAUUUUAAAUGUGAGAAAUGUGUGUAUGGAUUUGAUGAUGUGAAUCAAUACACUGAACAUUUGAUGAAACAUGACGAGAGGCAAGGAUUAGAAGUUUGUAGUAUAUGUGACCAGAGAUUCUGUGAUAAAAGAACUGUUUUGGAUCAUUAUCUGCAUCAUUUCAUGGCUUACUACUGCACGGUCUGCGGUUACACUAGCCGAUAUCUGCGGUUCCUAAAGUCCCAUCAGGAGGGCGAUGAGUGCCGGUCCAAGAAGUAUCCCAUUUGGUUUUACUGUGAUCAGUGCGAGGAGAAAUUUUCGUUAGAGAGCCUGCUGACCCAUCACAAGAAAGCAGUACACGAGGUGAAGCACGCUUGCAAGUAUUGUAAUCAGACAUUCACAAAAGACUACAGUAGGAAGUUACAUGAGCUAAUACACAAAGGCAGAAAGAGCGUUCAGUGUGACAUUUGUAAGAAGUUCUUCGUCAAUAAAGGCAGCUUUCAGUUUCAUUUGAAGGCCAUACAUAAUUUUACGCCAAAGAAAUCUGUGUAUUGUAAAGUGUGCAACAAGUUUUAUUGGCGUAAAUCUUCGUACCACGCUCACAAGAAAAGCCACAGCGUGCAAGAGGAAAAUACUUGAAUCUAAAAUAUCAUAGGUACAUAUGUACUCGCGUUCAUAAUUGCAGUCAUAGUUCGCAAAACUUUAUAGCUUGCACCGCUGCUAUCACUCACACAUUUACACAAAUAACACAAUAAACAACAAGCGGUGAAGCGUUGGGUAACGCGCCAUCAAGAAGAGGGUAGUGUAAAAAGUCGUCCGCUUAUCAACACAGCGACACCACACAGCGGAGAUCAAUGGUGGAACAGUACGAAAAUAAUGGCUUCGUACCGACCUGAAUAUUUGCGGAACAGUUCGACACAUCAGUGGUAACUGUUCGUCGAGUUUUGCACCGUGAGGGACUAAACCACAAACAGCCAGCAAGAAAGCCGUAUUUAUCCGAAAUAAAUAAGCAAAAACGUUUAGAAUUUGCUCGGCAGUAUUUGGAUUUUGACUGGAAAAAAGCGAUAUUUACGGACGAAAAGUUCGUUUAUGUCAUCGCAACACGGUAGGCUUCAUUUAUGGCGAAGAAAUGCAACUCGGUAUGAAGAAAAAAAUAUUGUGCCAAAUAUGGAGUCUGGACGCAUAUCUGUAAAUAUGUGGGGCUGGAUGAGUGCUGCUGGACCUGGGGAACAGGUGUGGUUGGCAGGACGCGCUUCAGCUACUCAUUAUGUGCAAGUGCUGGAAGAAACCAUGUUACCAACUGUGCGGUGUAUUUAUCCGAUUGAUGAUAUGCCAACAAUAUCAUUUGUGCAAGACAACUGCCCUGUGCAUCGAGUCCAUAUAGUGCGUGAAAGGUACUGCCAAUUUAUAUUAAUGUACUAAUUACUUAAAUAGUAUUUUAAGGACAGCUUCAAUAUCUUUUCUUUAUGAAAACGAAUAAUUAAUCUGUUAACUAAAUAACAGGAGAUAAGUGGAUGAUACAAUUAGUGUAAUAUACUGUAUGUAUAGCUUUAUAUAAUCAUCAAUAUGUAAAUAAA